UCUUGCAACCUGUCUCGGGUGCUAAAAUCAUGUCUGAGAUUGCAUUGCGCGAUGCGCGCUACUCCGAACUCCCAGAGAUUGCCCACAUCAUGUCAGAGGCAUUUUGGAAGGAUAAUAUAUUUGGCGAGCUCAUACACCCCCAUCGCAACGAAUAUCCCAAUGAUGUACACCUGUACUGGCUGCGACGGGCACGAGUUAACUUUUGGGACUAUCGCUGGCGAUGGCUCGUUGCUGUGGCCAAAGACGAGAGUGGCCAGGAAGUUAUUGCCGGCAUUGCUCAGUGGGCACGACUGGGAGAUGGGGGCCAAGAGCUUGAGUGCUGGUAUUUGGAUCCUCGAACCCUUCUCAAGCCUUUAUCUUCUAUUGUCAUGAACAUCCAUGCUUGGGCCUGGCCUAAUCGAGCAAGCGACUCCAAGGAGGAGGACAUCAUCGAGCGGGCAUAUCCUUAUUUCGAAGACAUAUGGAGCGGAAAGCGCGCUGAGUCCUGGUAUCUCGAAGGAUUAGCAGUGCGUCCAGACUUUCAGGGCAAAAAUGUGGGCCGGAAGCUUGUGCAAUGGGGUCUGGAGCAGGCCAAGGCGGAUGGCAUUUGCGCUUCGGUUGUUAGUGCCUUUGGCACAGAGGAGUUCUAUAAAAAAUGCGGGUUUGACGAGCAGUACGGAAGCGCCAGGCAGGGUGAGGGUAACCCCUUGGCGGAUGUUGAAGGUGCUAACAUGUUUUGGAAAUGGCCUGAGGCUUGAGUCCGGUUAUGACACUCAAAAUCGAUUGCAGCAG